UCAGGCCCCGUCAGAGACUCUGGGCAGAUGGUGACUUUCUCAAGUGUAACUUUCACUGAAAUACUGGGGACAACUGAGCUGUCUUCUCAGGGAAGUUUCUGCCCGCUGCACCCUUCUGGAAGCCAUUGGCUGGGUCUGCAGGUUUCCAGCCGGUCCUGUGGAUUUCCGCCUGGGCAGCUCAGCGGUUCGGGGAUAAGCGCUGAAGCCAUGAGUCCGGAACGUCUUGAUCUGGUGUGAAAUGAACCCCGAUUUUGUGCUGAUGGGGUCUUGUUUCCCUACAACAUUAUGGUUUCUUUAAGACUCUCACCUUGGGAAGGAACCACAGGGGAAUGAAUCUUUGAAAGAAUUAAGCCAGAGCGCCCAACUUAGCAACCAAGACUACAUCUGACCUCGACCAUGUAUCAUCCCAACCCUCUCAUCUACUGCACCUGCUGGGACCCCUGGAACUUGGGACCACGGAAGCUAAUCAAGACCCCUCAUCCACUUCCGAAGACCUCCUCGGGGAAGUUUAAGCAAACUCUUCCUACACCAGUUUCAAGAGAACACAACUACCUCCAGUCCCAACCGAUAAAACCUGUUGUUUCCCCAAAAGACAAAGCCCAGACAGGGAAGCCGGGGGAGAGCAGCAAACUUCCUCCUACCCAGGAAGUGAUUGACGUGUCACCUGGCUACAAACUUGUUCGAAAUCGAGAACAGAUUUCGGUCACCUUGGGAGAUGAGAUAUUCAGUAGGAAAAAACACUCUGAAUCGGACAUCUUGAGCAAAAUCAAGUUUUCCAGGACUGAUAUCAUUUCGGACCUUGAGGAGCAGAUCUCUGAGUUGACAGCAAUAAUAGAACAAAUGAACAGAGACCACCAGUCUGCCCAGAAACAACUCUCCCAGGAGAUGGAUGACCGCUGCGCUGAAAUGAAGCAGAAGUUUGAAAAUGAGAACAGCGAUCUCAAAAAGGCUCACAAAGUGGAGCUUGAGAAGUUAGAGAGCAGCUACAAAGAAGCGUUGAAGGUGGAGAAGGCACAAGCCCAAGAGAAACUAGAGGAGAUGGGCAAGGAAUAUAAGUAUCUGAAGAAUAUGUUUCACAUGUAUCAGGACAGCAUUUACGAUGAAAUGGAAGAUAGGUGGUCAAAGCGGAAGGCAGAAUGGGAGAAGGAUGAGAAGCUGGAGCGGGAAAAGAUCCUGUUACAACAGAAACAUAAGAUGACAAAGAAGUUUGAGUUAGAGUCGGAAGAAGAGAAGAAGAAAAUGAAUGACUCCUUCAGCGCCCUCUUUGAGAACUUCAGUCGUGAGAAAGAGGAGCUCAUGACACAACUCGAUGAUGCUAACUUGCAAAUACAGGAGCUGAGAAAAUCCAAGGAGAUCCUGGAGGCUGAGUUGCGGGCACAAGCUCUCGUUCUGGAGACACUUAACACCAACCUUUACCACUGCCAGCUGGAGCUCCAGAGAGAGAAAACUGUAGUGGGAAAUCUGGAGAAACUGGCGCAGACGAAGCUGGUUGAAGCUGAAGAAAAGUAUAAGUACACCAUACAGCUCCUGACCGAAGAAAACACCAUCCUCAGGCAGAAGAUCAAGAACGAGGACAAUUAUGAAGCAAGAUCGGAAAAGUCGGCCUCUGCUACUCCUAGUGUGUAUGAGUCUGACUUUCCUGAACCCAGCAGCAACAGGAAGUAAGCGUUGUAGAUAAGGAACUGUGCUCUGCCGGGCUGGAGCCGUGUGGAGCUGCAGACUCCAGCAAGGUUUUCUAGAGAGAUGCAGAUGGGUU